AUGGAUAAACAAGGAUUUCUUUAUGUUUCUGAUCGUGUAAAGAAUGAAGUGAGGCGAUGGAGAAUAGGUGAAUACAAUGAAGGAGUUGUAGUAGCUGGUGGAAACGAAAAAGGAAAUCAACUCAAUCAAUUAUAUGGUCCUACUUUUAUCUUUGUUGAUGAAGAUCAAUCUGUUUAUGUAUCAGAUUCUGACAAUGAUCGUGUGAUGAAAUGGAAAAAAGGUUCAAAAGAAGGAACAAUUGUGGCUGGAGGAAAUGGUGAAGGGAGAAAUCUCACUCAGUUGUCUUCACCUUAUGGAGUCAUUGUUGAUGAUUUGGGUCAAAUAUAUGUGGCAGAUCGUGGGAAUGAUCGAAUAAUGCGUUGGUGCGAAGGAAAAGGUGAAGUUGUUGUUGGUGGGAAUGGCAAAGAAAAUCAAUUGUAUGGUCCCCGUGGUUUAUCUUUUGAUGAUGAAGGAAAUCUUUAUGUAGUUGAUUUAGGAAAUAAUCGAAUUGUAAAAUUUGAAAUAAUUUUGUAA